AUGAAAAAGAAGAAGAAGAAGAAGAAGAAGAAGAAGAAGAAGAAGAAGAAGAAGAAGAAGAAGAAGAAGAAGAAGAAGAAGAAGAAGAAGAAGAAGAAGACAUCACUAAUCUGUACAGAAAUCAAGAAAGAGUCUCUACCAGGAUCAUGGGAUCCACUUCAAAGAAUACUGUAA